AUGCGUUCUUGUAUAGAUCAUAUUCAAAUGGUUCGCUUACCAUCUAUGGUUCCUCAGCAGUUUUAUAAUUUACUUCAUAAUAAUGAUAAUGGAAGAGUUGUAGCAAUAUGUUUAUUAACAUCAGUAUUCACAGUGAUGCCUGUUGGUUAUCAUAUGGUAGUUCUUAAUGUCCCUGAAAAAGUUAUACAAAACUCAAUAAGUGAUAGUCUAUCAUCAACAUUCGGUAUAAGCAUAGAUAAAGGUGCAAUGAGUAUAUUAUGGUCUGUUAUUGUAUCGUGUCAAGCUUUAGGUGCUUUAAUUGGUUGUUCAGUGGUAUCUCCUAUAUUAUCAAAAUAUGGAACGAAAUCAGGAAUGAUGACUUUCAAUAAUUUUCUACUUGUAAUUGGAUCAGUUGCCAUGACUUCUUCAGCGCUUUUCAAUUUUUCAAUUUUUCUGAUUAUUGGUCGAUUUUUGAUUGGAAUUUAUACAGGAAUAGCAUGUGCCUUGCUACCUCUGUAUGUACAACAAAUAGCGCCAAAAGAGAUUAAAGGAUCACUCAGCUGUUUCUUGCAUAUCGCUGUCUGUUUUGGGUCAGCUAUUGGAGCCAUUUUUUCAUUAGAUUUCAUGCUUGGUUCACAAGCUAAUUGGGGCUAUUUACUUGGGUUGCCAGGCUUACUAGGAAUUGCACAGAUAAUCGCUGCAUUUUUUAUACCGGAUACCCCUAAUCAUUUACUUCAACAUGGAAGUUAUUCAAGAGCUAUCUCUUCAAUCAACUUCUAUUAUGAUAUUGAAGGAGUUGAUGAAGAUGAUGCCAUCAAAUCAUACUGGGAUAUGGUGCCUGAGGUUCCUCAACAAAUCACAUUAAUAGAAGGGCUACGUAAUAAAACUAUACGUAAGGGAAUGCUACUGGGAAUGGCUGUAAGUGCAACUCAGAUAUUCUCUGGAAGCAUGGCUACUGUAUCUUAUUCGAGCAGCAUGUUCACUGCAGUCUCAUUCAUAGAUGUAUUGGUUCCUUUUCUUCCAGCGUUAGGGAGUAUAAUAUCCAUCAUUAUGACUGUCCCAGCUUUAGAAUUAGUUGAGACAUCUGGACGACGCCCGCUGCUGCUGUCGACGUUAAUUAUUUGUAUCAUAUCUGAUUGCUUUUUACUUAUAUUUUCACUUCUAUCAGUUGACCCAGCUGAAACAUGGGCUUCCUGGGCGUUCGCUGUCAGUUUUUUCCUUUACGGUAUAGGAUAUAACUUGGGCACUGGACCUGUUUCCUAUUUCAUUGCUGCUGAGCUUGUACCAGCAGAAGCAGCUAGUCUUUCAUUAGGAGUUGCUGUUGCUACAAAUUGGCUGUGCUCAUUAGUUACGACAUUCUCUUAUUAUCCCUUAAUGACUUUGAUAGGAGGCUGGAGUUAUUUGCUUUUUAUAAUUCCAACAUCAAUGUUAUUGGUAAUCUUAUGGAUAUGGUUACCAGAAACCAGAUUUUACUAUAAAGAAGACUCAAUCGAAGCAAAGCUUCUACAAGAUCUCGGCCAGCCUUAUGGAACCUUUGCAGUUUAUUAG